AAAAUUGAGCUAAUCAAGAUGAAAUUCGCCAUCGUAUUCGCUGCCGUCGUGGCUGUAGCCUGCGCUGGGCUCCAAAAGCCCUUGGACUCCAACAUGGCCGAGCUGGAAGCCAUCGUCGCCGCCAUUCAGAGCCCCAGCACCGACCCCGCCACCGCCGCGCUGCUCGAACAGCAACUGGCUGAUCUGAUGGCUGAAUUCUUCCCCCAGCCUGAGCCCAUCUUCGUUGAAGAGCCGUCUCCGGUCCAAGUCGAGCUCCCUGUCAUCGACUUCCCUCUUCCUGAUGGCGGUGCCGUGAGCGCCGUGCAGCCUGAAUCCCCCGCUCUCGUGCCCGCUCCUAUCAUCAACCCCACUCCCGCCGCCGCCGCUGAUGCCGCCGCUCCCUUAGUUCAGAUCAUCCUGAACAUCAACCAGGCCAGCUCUGGCGCCGCGCCCGUGGCCCCCGCUCCCGUCGAGACCCCCGUCAUUGACGUCCAGCCCGUGCAGGUCGUCGAGGAGGCCGUGAACGAGGAGACCGUCGUGCCCACCCCCGUGGUGGUCGUGGACUCCGCCCCCGAGCCCGUGCAGGUGGUGGACGUGCUCCCCGCGCCCACGCCCGAGGCAGAAUCCAUUCAGAUCGGCAGCCCCAUCAUCCCCAUACCCGUCGUCAACAUCCCCAUCGACCUCAACUCAGAAACCAUGAAACUCCUUCUGACUGUUGUGGCCCUCGCGGCCUUCGCUCACGGCGCUCCCACUUCUUCCCAGACCAUGGAGAUCGGCGCCAGCGGCGUGUCUGGCAGCGUCCUCAACAUCCCCCUCGUCGAAAUCAUCGUCAACAUGAUCAACAACGAAGCCGUGGCCCCCGGGACUGUCAACGAGCCUGUUAUUGAAGCCGAGCCUGUCUUAGUUGUGGAUGAGGCUCUACUCCCCACGCCUGUGAUCGUCGUGGACCAGCCCGAGAUUAACCCCAUUGACAUUAUCUCUGUCAACCCCGCGCCAGCACCCGUUGUGGUGGAGCACCCAGAGAUCAACCCCAUUGACAUUGUCUCUGUCAACCCCAUGCCCGUGCCAGCGCCCGUUGAGGCAAACCCCAUUCCUGAGCCUGUUGUGCUGCCUGCCCCUGCCCCAGCUGAGGUAGUUCCUGAGCCUGUUGUGCUUCCUGCGCCUGCCCCCGCUGAGGUAGUGCCUGCGCCUGUUGUGCCUGAGCCUGUCGUACUCCCUGAGCCUGCUCCCGCUGAGGUAGUGCCUGCGCCUGUUGUUCUUCCUGAGCCUUCCCCCGCUGAGGUAGUGCCUAAUCCUACCCCCGUGGAAGUUGCGGCUACGCCCGCCGAGGUCGUCGAGGUCCCAGCACCUGAAGCCGAGGCCGCUGAAGGCAGCCAGAUCAUCAACGUGAUGCUGAACUUCAUCUUCGGCGCGAGCGGCUCCCUGUCCUCGGUCGAGGUGCCCGCUAAUAUCAUCCCCCAGGUGGUCAGCGCUCCCCGUGUUUAAACUUUAAACUAAAAUAAGUUUAUAUGACAUUUA